UAUACCCUCAUCUCAGUGUUGCCCUAGAACAAGAAUUAUAUAGAAUCUAACGGCCGACACAUCUCAGCCGACUCCUUUAUAUUCAUUCUAAUUCCCUAAAUCCUUCCUUUCUCUUCCUACCGCUCCCUCUGCUUUUUUAGGGCUUUUGAUCUCUGCUUGAAAAAUGGUUCUCCAAAACGAUAUCGAUUUGCUUAACCCUCCAGCUGAGCUUGAGAAGAGGAAGCACAAGCUCAAGCGUCUCGUUCAAUCUCCUAACUCAUUCUUCAUGGAUGUCAAAUGUCAAGGAUGCUUCAAUAUAACUACAGUGUUUAGUCAUUCACAAACCGUCGUGGUGUGUGGAAACUGCCAGACAGUGUUGUGCCAGCCUACCGGUGGGCGUGCAAGACUUACCGAAGGCUGCUCUUUCAGGAGGAAGGGUGAUUGAAUAUGAUGAUAACAUUUUCUCUACCUAUUGUUCUGGGUCAAUUCUAAGGAAUGGUGUAUUUCAACGAAGAUAUGAGAGCUCUUCUUGGUUUUGUUUUUGGACUUGGCUUUUGUUUCUCAUCUGGAAUUUUGUUAGCACAAAUGUUAGGAUUGUUUUGGAUUGUCGUGCUGAGAUUUAUUUUAAUUUGACAAAGUCCUUUCAUAUUAUUAUACCAUUGUUAUUAUUAUUUUUAUCA